AUGUUGCACUGCAACACUUGGAGUACUCAUCUCCAUUCGCCCAAGCCUCAUCGCCUUUUUUUGGUGAUUAUCAACUUAAUCUUUAUGACAGUCCCUUGUGCAGCAGCUCAGUUGUUCUUUAAUUACACCAGCUUCAAUCCGAACAUUCAUGAGAUAAAGUAUUAUGGAGAUGCCAAAGCCUCUUCUCCAUUCAUUCAGCUGACCAUAAAUCAGAAUGAUAGAAUUUUGAGAACGUGUGCAGGCAAGGCUAGCAAGGAAUCAGAUGCCUAUAGCUAUGGAAUUGUUGCUUUGGAAAUAGCCUGCGGAAGAAAACCCAUCGACCCCAUGGCCAAAGAUGAUUUUGAUGAGGAACAGUUAAUGCUUGUUGGGCUCUGGUGUGCUCACCCAGAUCACACUCUCCGGCCAUCUAUUAAUCAAGCAAUUCAAGUGCUUGAUUCUGAAGCUCCGUUGCCCCAUAUUCCGAAAACAAUGCCUGUGUCAACUUAUUCAGCAUCUCCAUUGAAUAUGUCUGCAACCUGA